GGGAACGGAGAAUAAAAUAAAGUUCUAUGUGCCGUAUUUCUGCUGACAUGAUUGCGAAUAUGAUACUUCGCGUUUCUCUUUUUUUACAAUGAGCACUGAACCUAAUCAAAGAAAAUAUGAUAUCAUUGUUUUUGGCGCUACUGGAUUCACCGGCGAGCUGACGUGCGAGUACCUCGUCGAAAUCAAUGAUAAAGAACUCCGAUGGGCUAUUGCAGGCCGUAGUCGAGCCAAACUUCAAAAGACGAGAGAACGGUUGGCGGCUAUCGAUGAGUCGUGUCAAUCGUUGGAUUUGCUGAUUGCUGAUUCGGGGGAUUUGGAGUCUUUGGAGAAUGCCGUUCGACAAGCACGCGUCGUUAUUAGUACAGUGGGCCCAUUUAUGAAAUACGGCACCCUGUUGGUGGAGGCUUGCGUGCGGCAGAAAACGCAUUACGUGGAUAUCACUGGCGAAUAUCCUUGGGUGUCACAAAUGAUUGAUCGAUUCCAUGGUGAAGCCGUAAAAAAUAAUGUCAUGAUUGUACCCUGCUGUGGAUUUGAUUCGGUGCCGAGUGAUAUGGGAACAUUUAUGGUGUGUGAUUACAUGCAAUCACGUCACAAUUUAAGCACGGCCGAUGUGAAAAUGUCGCUUACAAAUAUCGUGGGUGGAUUCUCCGGAGGUACGAUUCAGUCAGCAGUAGGCAUGUUGGCCGACAAGUCGCUCAGUGCAUCCAAAUCAACGGAUCCAUACCUACUCAGUCCGAUUCGCGGCCCCGAUCAAAAGAAAUUGCCUUGGAUGAACCGUGAUCCUGAUUUUGGCCGUCGAUGGCAAGGAUGUUUCUUGAUGUCCGUGGUCAAUGAGAAGGUGGUCAGAAGAUCUUGGGGUCUCUAUACUGAACGCGGUCACAGCUAUGGUCAAGCUUUUAAAUAUCGGGAGACCUGGACAUUGUCUUUUAUUCCAGCGCUUAUAAUGACGAUGGCUAUGCUAACCGUCGCUCCUCUGGCGGCGGUUGCUCUCAAAAUUCCGGCUAUUGCAAGCCUGGCUUCUCGUUUGUUACCUGGUUCAGGAGCAGGCCCUGAUAGGGAACAGCGCAUGAAAGGACGUUUUGAAAUGCAGUUUGUGGCCACUGCAGAAACGGAACCCUAUGAUGAACCAGUUCGCGUUCGUGGCGUUGUCAAAGGUUUCCGAGAUCCUGGUUAUGGUGACACAUGCCUCAUGGUUGCUGAAUCGGCUUUAUGUAUUGUCAAGAGUUUGGAUGAGCUUCCUGGCAAAGAAGGAGGUAUUCUGACGCCAGCUUCAGCUUUUGGGCAUACUUUAUUGAAUCGCCUCCGUGCCAAUAACCGCAUGGUUUUCGAAGUCAAAGACAUGUAAUAAUUCAAUAUCCGCUCAAUAAAAAGAAAAAAUGAAUGUUGCUU